GCAAUAAUUUCUUAAUUUGUUUUAUACACUUGUGUAUACACUGUAAACAAAUUUAUGACAAAUUAAAUUUUUUUUACAUGUGCACUGAAAAAUUAUAAACAAAAGUAAAUUUACAACUAUCAUAGUUGGUCUAAAAAUUACCCACUAUUAUAGUUGUAAUUUUACAAAAAAUUUUUACAGUGUCUUAUUCUUUCUUAUUUCUACACUGAGAGCUUAUUUACCGAUCUAACAAUCGUUGCGAGCCGAUGGCGACUUGCUUCCGCUUUGUCGUGGGAACGGUGAGCAGUCGUGAUCAUUUCUAUGGUGUAUUUCCCAUAGUGUACCACACGAGGUAUUGAGCAACGAUAUCUAAUCUCUAACAGAACGUAUACGUUGCAAAUCAUAGGUUCGGUAAUCGAACACCACUGUUAUUCCGUCCACCUCGUUUCUCUAUUUUUUCAGUAGAGGAGGUGGUUUUAUAACCUUUCAUUUACAUUUUGUACAAUAAUUACGUUAAUGAUUAAAACUUUAAAUUAAAAACUUAAUAUUUCCAUUCGCCAAUUCUAUCACUGAAAAAAAUGAUUUUGCAACUUCAACAAAAAUUAUAUGUGUAUAAAAAUUAGCUGAGUUAGAUAAACAAUUAGGAAAUAUUGUGAUAUGUAUUGCACUUAAUCAAUCUAAUUAAUAGAAGCAGAAUUUAUAAAUUCUAUACGUGACAGUCAAAAUUCUAGCAGAUACAAAAAUUAGCAAUACAUCUUGGUUGUGAUAUCAAGAAAUCUAUCUGUAUCAGCAAAAAUUUUUUGGGGUGUAUUCUAUUCUAUUCGCCAAUUUCGAGAAACCUUUCUAAUAUUACGGAAGAAUUUGCACUCGGAUUAGAUUACAUUCUGAAAGAUUAUAAAUCUCUCCUCAUAAAAUAUACAGUAGCUUGAGAUAAACAUAUACGAAUACGAAAGCCUUAAAAGUACAAAGCAUAGGCUAGGUAGGUAUGCAUGCUGUAGAGCAGUUACACGGAGAGAAAGUGAUUUAUUGGCCAGAUAUAAAACUUGGUGUUUGGAACCAAUGCGCGAUGAAUGCAGAAUGUCAGAUUCGCUCGAAAAAGAGAUCAGAAAAAUUAAAAAACAAAAACAAAACGCUGCGGGUUGUAAGAAAAUAGAUUUCGAAUAUCGCGAUAUUUUUUAAAAAAUAUAUAGAAAGUUCGUUUGCCAUGGAGAGAGGAGAGAUUCCGAACGAAAUGCAUUCUCCAAUCGUUUCUGUGAUUCGAUCGUUUCAUCAAAAGAUUUCAGAAAUUGCUCGUAGAAUUAUCUUGACUGUAUGAGUGUGCACUUCCGUCGCAAAGAGAGUGAACGACCCAAGUGAGUCAAAAAGCAAAAAAUCACGAGACAAUAGUCACGAUCGGAAUCGUUGCUCCGUUGGUUUGUUGCUCCCUGGUCACGAUCACAUAUACAUAUGCCCGAAACGUAAAUUAUACCUUUAAUAAUGGGCGCGGUCUUUUAGUUCCGGGCACUUUCAGUCGAGAUCAACCAAGGACGUUUACGUAACAGUCUGCAUUAUAAUUCUAUAGCACGAGCGUCGAGUGCCAUUUUAUAUUAUUUUUUAAAAACGAUAUUUCGUAAUGUGUCACACAAUGACUUAUUAAUGGCAAGACUGAUUAUCGAUAUCUUACCGUGUUGUCCGUCGUUGUGACAACAAGCAAGUGAAAUUCUUUCGAAUACGCAACGUGUCAUAGAAUGAGUGUGCAGCGAAUUUUUUUUCAAUGAAUUUGAAAAAAUCUUGAAAUUUGCUUCUCUUAUCAAUUUUGAAUCAAACAUUUUUAUUUUCAUACAGCAUGUAAAAGUUUUAAUUGCCGAUAUCUAAAGUCAAAACUUAACUAUGUACACGAACGACUUUACUGAUCUAAAAAUUAAAUUAGAUGCACAUUUAAAAAUAAUUUUAUUAGAUCAAAAUAAUUAUGAAAAAAGUGCAAGCAAAAAAUUUCGAUGUUCUAGCAAUCGGCUCGAGCAGUUUACAUAAUUAUUUUAAUGUCUAACAACAAAAUUAUUUUCAGAUCUGUAUGUAGUUAAAUUCUUGAAUUUUUUUUUUAACAAAAUUGUUCUUUUUAUCUUGUGCCUUCAUUAUCACGAAAUGUUAUCAGAUCUGAAGAAAUCCUCACAGUGCUUAUCGCAUUGAAUAUCUGCCAAGAAUUUUACGCCAAUAUUGUGGGUUGUCGCAAAAGCAUUAGCGUUUGACUUACGGAAGUUAUAGGAAAAUAUGAGAGCCGCAAGUGUAAGCCAGUCACGAGCCACUUUCUUUGCCUUAGUGGAUUUGCACGAGACUGGCCACCGUUUGAGUUAAACUCCGUAGUUCUGGAAUGGGUGUCUUGAUUGUGGGUGUGUUGCCCCUCGAUAGAGCGUACGAUUGUGCGUAUGAGUAAAAGUACACGUUUCGUUACACAAUGCAUUCUAGUUGUAAUGCCCUGUCUCUUAGGGAGCCAACAAGCUUCGACAAGCUGAUGCUAGAAAAUGGUAUCAGUCGGUGUUCAGUCGGUAGAACCUGUAGUACACACCCGUGCAUAGUUCUCCUCGAGACAGUUGACGCUGAUACCGUGCUGGUACCGAUUGUAUUCUGAUCCGAUUAUAUUGUCUCUAUUUCGCUUUUCGAGUGCGUGUGAUUUGAAUGAAGUAGUGGCUUCGAUUUUGGUUUUAUUUCAAUCUUUAGGCUUGCAACAUGAGGCACACGUUCAUCGCGACAGUCCUGUCGCUAUUGUUCGUCAGUACGAGAACGGAAAUGUUGGAAACCGUGGCGCAAUGGCCGUUGCUGGAGUUCGCGCUGCCGAACGAGCGUGGUUUUCAGCAUCAACCGGAAAAUAUAGUGAUGACCGGGAUCGAGAUAACCUGGAACAGAAUCUUCGUCAGCACGCCCAGAUUACGCGCCGGUGUACCGGCUACCCUGAGCUUCUUUCCCAGGAAGGCACCGUUGGGAAGUAGCCCGCGACUUCAGGCGUAUCCCUCGUGGGACUGGCACGGUGCCGGUAAAGGAGAGAUCAAUUGCACCAAGUUGAUCUCGGUGUAUCGUACCAGAUUAGACAGAUGCGAUCGGCUGUGGGUCGUUGACGCCGGUGUCGUGACGUCGAUUGACGAUUUUAUGCCCGUUUGCCCACCGAAAAUUGUGGUCUUCGACUUGAAAACCGAUCAGGUCGUCCGUCACGUCACAUUCCCGCGUGAGGUGUUGAGGCCGGAUUCUUUACUGACCAAUUUUGUCAUCGACGAAGUUGCGGCGAAAACUUGCGAUGACGUCUUUGUGUACAUAACCGACACUCUCGGUCCAGGACUUCUCAUCUUUGACGGCACUAGGGAUAGAAGUUGGCGAGUCGUUCAUCGAACCAUGUUUCCUAAUCCAGAUCAAGCAAUGUACAGAAUCGGAAGUGACACUUUCGAGUUCUUGGACGGUAUAGUGGGAAUAACAUUUUCACCGAGAACCGGAACCGUUUAUUAUCAACCUCUGGCAACCGAGAGUCUCUUCAGCGUACCCACCUCGGCUCUUCAAGCCGGACCGCUACCUUUCGGUGAACAGUUACCUGUGACCUUGGUCGGCAGAAAGUCGAGUCAAGGUCUGGCGUUGGCCCUGGAUCCUCGGGAUGACUCGAUCUUGUUCUCUCCCUUUACCGAGACCGCGAUCGCGUCGUGGCAACCGCAAACCAAUCAGCAGAGGAUACUUGCUCAUAGUCCAGAAAAACUACAAUUUAUUGCUGAGAUUUUAUGGGCAAGAUAUGAUAACGGCAAUUUCUGGAUAAUGUCAUCAAGAUUCCACAAGUUCUUCUUGAGACAAGUUGAUAAUCGUCAAAUUAACAUCCGCAUCAUGAGACUCAAAGUAGAUAAUCUAGAGUUGACUUCUUUUAAUAGGCAGAUUAAUCCAUAUUAUUCGUUAAAUUUCUAUAACAAUACUUUAGGAUUCUAAAAAAAUAUUAUAAUAUAAAAGCGUAGCAGAUUGAAAAAAUUAUACUCAUAAAAAAUCAUAAUUUGGUAAAAAAUAAUUUUGAAAACAUACUUUAUGACAGAAAUAUAACAAAAAGAUAUUUAAAAAAUAAAGAAUGCUAUAUAAGUAAGAUUUGUAUACUUGACGUACAAUUUUUAGAAUUAAAAUAUUUAUAAAAAUAUAUUAAAA